AUGGCUUACCAAGGCAUGAAUGUUAAUGGGAAGAUUUGGAUUUUUGUGGAAGAGGGGGCAAGCUUUAAAGCCGAGUGUGACACGGACCAGGUUCUACAUGGUCGGUUCGUAUCGCCUCGCUUGGCUAAUCACAUAAACUUGUCCGUGGUCUAUGCAAAAUGCACGAGGGGCGAGAGGCUUCAAAUUUGGGAUAAAAUGAGGGUGAUCUCGGUAAUCACGGAAGACACUCCUUGGAUGAUCGGUGGCGAUUUCAACACCAUCCUCUUGCCCCACGACAGAGCCGAAAGCGAGACUAAUCGCCAAGCCGAGAUGGUGGACUUUGCGGAGACCAUUGAAGACUGUAGGGUGCUUGACCCGGGCAUUAACGGCUCGGAUUUCACGUGGGCUAAGAAUGGCCUUUUCGAAAGGCUAGACAGGGUGUUAGUGAAUGAACCAUGGGCACAAAACUUCAAAGUUACGAGGGUGACCAACCUUCCUCGGGUUUCUUCGGAUCAUGGGCCCGUGCUGGUAAGGUGCCUAAUCCCAAGUAACCAUUCGGGGGGCCGACCAUUCCGGUUCCAAAAUAUGUGGGUUAGACACGAAGGGUUCGCCGACCUGGUUCGAGAGGAUUGGAUUCAACCGACCGGGGCCGAGGGAUUACUUAAUUUUCAGAUCAAGUUGGCAAGAAUAAAGAGGGCACUCAAGGAGUGGAACAAGGAAGUCUUUGGGAAUAUUCACGAAAACCUUAGAGAUAUGGAGGAGAAAAUAGCGGCUGCCCAAGACGACUUUGAGGAGAAACCAUCGCCGGACAAUAGAGCCGAAGUUAACAUAUGCAUUGCCAUGUACAUUCGACUUCUCAAGAUGGAGGAAGAUUUCUGGAGGCAAAAGGCUACUUUAAGAUGGCUGGCGGAGGGUGACAAGAACACGAAAUUCUACCAAAGUUGGGUCAAACAAAAGAGAAUCCGGAUGCGCAUACACAUGAUCAAAGUUGAGGGUAGGGAAGUAUCGGAUGUACGCGGAGAUUAG